AUGGCUUCCUCGGCGGCUCCCGCACCAACCACUAUUCCUGUCAGGGAUGGCCCUCCGUCACAGCCUGAUGGUCAGCUACCCAAAUUCAUCGUCGAGAGAAAUCUGCUGUUUGAAGAGCUGAAGAAGAAACACGACGACGCCGUAGCCGCGAAGCCCCGAAACUCCAUCACUGUGUCGCUCACAGCCGGCCCGGACAAUGUCACUGAAAUCUCUGCUACCGCUUGGGAGACCACCCCAGGUCAGUUGCUGAAGCACGUUGCCAAGGUUAUCGCCUCGGAGGCAGUCGUUGCCAAGGUCAAUGGCGAGGUCUGGGAUCUGACCAGGCCUUUGGAGGCUGACUGCGCCGUCUCGUACCUAUCUUCGAAGGAUCCCGAGGGUCGUGCUGUAUUCUGGCACUCGGCCGCACACGUGCUCGGCGAGGCUUGUGAGCACCAGUUUGGCUGCAUGCUGUCCCAUGGUCCCCCAACCAGUAUGGGUUUCUUCUACGACAUGGCCAUGCGGGAGGGCGAUGCUGUCAAGGAGACUGAUCGCCCAGCCCUCGAGACUUUAGCAAAGAAAUUCUUCAAGGAGAAGCAGCAAUUUGAGCGAGUUGAGAUUGCAAAAGAGGAUCUGCGAAAACUGUUUGGCUACUCCAAGUACAAGAUGCACUAUAUCGAGAAGUUCGUCCCAGAUGGUGGCUCCACCACCGUGUACCGCAACGGCUCCCUCGUCGAUCUCUGCACCGGCCCGCACAUUCAGAAUACCAAGCAGAUCUCCGCCUUCAAAAUCAUGGGCAACAGCUCAGCUUACUUCUUGGGCGACCAGGCCAACGACUCUUUGCAACGUAUCUCUGGCGUGGCUUUCCCCAAGAAUGAUCAAAUGAAGGAAUGGCUUACCUACCUGGAGGAGGCUAAAAAGCGCGACCAUCAGCUUAUCGGGAAAAACCAGAAAUUAUUCUGGUUCAGCCCGCUCUCUCCAGGCUCGCCAUUCUUUCUUCCCCACGGCACUCGCAUCUUCAACGCCAUCCAGACAAUGCUUCGAGAGCAGUACUGGAUGCGUGGGUACGACGAGGUUCAUUCGCCCCUCAUGUACGAUGUCCAGCUCUGGAAAACCUCGGGCCACUGGGAUCACUAUCAGGAAGAUAUGUUCCGAGUGCCGUUAAAGCACACUCACGGUACAGCGCCGGAUGCUCCAGUAGCUUCUGGGCCAGAUGCUGCCAAAGAUGCCGACAAACCGGCUGGCAAAGAUGGCGAGAAUGCCGAGGUUGCAAAAUUGGAACAGGAGAGGCUGUUCGCUCUAAAGCCAAUGAAUUGUCCUGGCCACGCUCUCAUGUUCGCCAGCGAAGAGCGCUCCUAUCGAUCCCUUCCGUGGCGAGUCGCCGAUUUCAGUGUUCUGCAUCGCAAUGAAGCUUCUGGUGCGCUUACCGGUCUUACCAGAGUCCGCAAGUUCCAGCAAGAUGACGCGCAUAUUUUCUGCACCAUCGACCAAGUCACCGACGAACUUCGAGGCUUGUUUAAAUUCAUGACGCACGUGUACACCAUGUUCGGAUUCCCAUUCAAGCUUAAGCUCUCCACUCGUCCAGAUUCUUACAUGGGUAAGCUGUCCGACUGGGAUGCUGCCGAGGAUCGACUCAAGAAGGCCCUACAGGAGUUCAAGGGUGAUGACUGGGUUAUUAAUCCUGGUGAUGGCGCCUUCUAUGGGCCCAAGAUCGAUGUCACCGUCAACGAUGCCUUGGGUAGAGAAUUCCAAUGCGCCACUAUCCAGCUGGACUUCCAGCUCCCCCAAAACUUUAACCUCCUCUAUCGUACCAACGAAUCUACAGCCGAUCGCGCCAAGGGUGAGGGAGAGGAGGAAGGUGGUAUUCCCUCUGGCAUGGCAAGACCCGUCAUGAUCCACCGAGCCGUCAUCGGCUCUUUCGACCGGUUCAUGGGUAUCAUCAUUGAACACUUUGGAGGCAAGUGGCCCUUCUGGCUGUCGCCGCGCCAAGUCAUGGUCAUCCCCAUUAUGAAGGAUGCGGAGGACUAUGCCAGGGAGGUGCGAGACAUUUUGCACGACGCGAAGCUCUACGCGGACGUCGACGUCUCGGGCAACACCCUCCAGAAGAAGAUUCGAGCCGCACAGCUGGCUCAGUACAAUUUUGUCAUGGUUGUGGGUGCUGAGGAGAUUGAGAAGCGAGCGGUGAACAUUAGAAAUCGGGAUGAUCCCUCAAGUCAGCAAAAGGGCGCCAUGAUUGAUCUAGAUGAGGUUGUUAAGCGGCUUGUAGAGUUGAAGGCCGAGAGACGACUGGUUAACUCUAUCUGA